GAGUUUGUAUAAUCCGGUUGGGGCCAGUCAUAAGCGGAUUUGCACACCCAGGCAUGGCCUCUGUGCCGUCUUCGUCUGCCAGGGCUGCCGUUAUCCUGUGCCGGGGUAACAGCGGACUGAAGUACAGGUCCGCCCCGGAGGCGAGAGCAGCUGGGGCGGACACUGGCCGCGGCUGGGCUGAUGCUUGGAAACGGAUUCCGUUUGGUUUGAACAAGAAGCGACGGGAUUCAUUAAAACAUGGCUUUCUAGGCGUGCUGAGAUGGGAAACAAGUCCGCAGAAACCACCACCACCACCGCAGCAGCAGCAGCAGCGCCCGGGUCAGACCCGUUUCAGCCUACUCGUUUCACCACCCCGGGCUGCUGGUGGACUCGCAGCCGGUCAGAAUGCGCGUUUACCCGGGGAGACUGACCGGCGCCGCACCUGGAAACUGACCGGUUGUUUUCAAUCGGUUUGGGCGCUGGGGAAGAAGCUGCCAGGCAAUCGGACGCCGGUGGACAGACGGACAGCUUGGAGCAACGCCUGUAAAAUCAAUCCUACUAGAAACGGGGAUUUGGACAACGCGUCUGCAAACGCAGUCCUGCGCGUCGGCGUGUUGCUGUCGCCGGCAAAGCGGUCACACAGAACCGCUGUGUUGUGUCUGCCGUCGGGGUGGGGUGGCAUUGGUCGAGCCUGCUUUUGUUGCACCGACGCCUUGUCUUCAGCUUUCCAAAGGACACUUGGUACCCGUUUUCAGUGCCGCAAACCCGGGGAGCUAGCUAGCCGCAAGCCGCUCGGCUCCAGCGGAUUCGGGGCUGCGUUUAAUGCCGAUAGCGCCGUGAAGUCUGCGAUUUGUAAUGAUCAAUCGGGAAAGGAGUUAGAUAAAAUUGCUGAUCGGUCAACUAGAGCAAAAGAAAUUAUUCAAGAAACCAGUGCUCACUGGGAGGGAGAUGGUUUCUCCGAUGGAACAGCCAGGGUCGGCGCUGAGGUCGACCAGACGGAGAGGCAGCUCGAGGCUCUGCUGAGGCGGACAGACCCCGCGCAGAGUGAAGAGGCCAGGCGCACGCUGGAGCCCAGGAUAGAAGCUCCGAGGACGCAGAGAGAACGCCUGCAGGCUUCAGCACGGGACUGAAGAGCAGCCACAAGCACCCAGGCUGUCUGCGUGUCAGGCUUCGCAAAACUGGAGCUUUACAUUCUGUCGGCUUAAAGACCCAUUGCAUAGCAGUUCGAUCCAGUCCUGGUUUUGCGCCUUGAGUUGUUGAGACACACCUGAGCUUGUUACCUGUGCACUGUGGCUAAUCAAGCUGGUAUUAAAACCAGGAAUUGGGUGAUGCUGCUGUGCGAUAGGAGUCUCAUUUCUGUGUUUUUUAUAUUUGGUCUGGUUUAAAAGAAUAGCUACAAAUCUAACGUUCUGCCAUGUUUUUAUGAUGCUUGUAAUUUGCAGUUACUCAUACUUUAUUUUUUAUUUUUUUGUUCGUGUUCAGGUGCUUUUCAGGAGCUGCUUUUCAAUUCUGGUUUCCUGCCAUAGAUGUAACCGAGGCUUCAUCAGCCAGUCUCUAUAUAGUGUUAAGAGCCUGGGCCAUAACGUGGUCUUCUACUUUGGAAACAAGUUUCCUUUAGUUUAGUUAGUGGCGGUAUCCUGCUGUGCACACUGUUUGAGCAAUUGCAAUAAGAACCAGUUAGGAUUGCAGAGAUCAUACAAGGUAAGGAGAUGGUGUCUACUUACUCUUUUUAAUAAAGACCGCAAUUGCAUUGCAGAGAUGGACUUAGAUAUAGGAAUAGCUGAAACUGCUGUGCUGUUAACAAGACAGAGUGUAACACUCUGAUCCACACCUUUUUAAAGGGAGUCAUUGCAUCCAUGUUAAAAAAAAAAAAAUAGCGCAGUGUUACUGUAGCAAAAUGCCAAAGUAUAGAUUGAAUGCGAACUACCUGACAAAACAUGAUUCACUCGAUCAUGUAGCAGAGUGCAUGUGUUUUUAUUUUUUCUUGCGUUGCUUAAGAAAAGUGACUUUAAAUAAUUGUGGUUCUGUAAUUUCCUUGUAGCUGAAGGAAUCUCUAUUGCUGCUGUUUGUUCCUCCUGCACUGCGCUACACACGCUGCUGUAUUUAGCGCAGAGGCAACAAAAGAAUCAAGAUUACCUGAGAGAUUGCGGGUGGGAGUUAUUGUUAACUAGUUAAUCCAGGUAGAAUGAACAGCUGAUCUCUGUAGCAGCGUUUCAUUUCUGUUGCGCUGCAGAGAAAGCAAAGGGAUGCAGUGGCUUCUAUUUGAAAAAAAAAACCCCACUAAAGGACUGUUUUUGAAGAGUGUUUGUAAUUAUUGUUUUGCAGUGAAAUGCUGCUUUGAAACGUGAGCUUCUAAUGAGCUUUUAAGUAGUUUUCAUGAGCUAUAACCCUAAUAUAAGUGUUUCCAUGGAGUAGUGAAGAAACUGCCCAUCACCAAACCUUCAAUAAACCUGAGUUGUCAAUAGGGCUCUGUGUGCCUGCCUAAAGUAUUAGUUGUCCUUUUGCCAAUUUAAAAAAAAAAAAAAAAAAAAAAAAAAAAAUGUUGUGUCUUAAGACAAUUCAGUGCCUGUGUUAACCCUUAUAGUGCUGAAGUAUUUUUGUCAAGCUCAAGAAUGCAAAAUUAAGUUGUCAUUAUGUCAGAGCCCCCCCCUCCUGCCGCGGCCUGGUGUAUGCCAGUCUUUCACGAGAAGCUUUAAAGCAAAUAAAAUUUAAGUUUUUGAAAAA